AGUUGUUAUUAAAGCAGUGAGACUCUUGAACCGGCAGAACAGUUUGGUUCUUCGAAAAGAUUGGAAGUAAAGUAAAAUAGACCUGGAUCAAUUGAUAUUCCAGACAGUUUUCUAGUGAAUUCUCAAGAAUGCAAGUGUUUUUAGCUGUAGCCCUGCUAGCAGGCUUGGCUUUCUCUGCUGACGCCACAAAUCCACCGAAAUGGGAUCCCAACUAUAUUGUCAAAGGAACCCUUUACAUUCCGUACGCUGAGAUUGCAGAACCCUUUUACGCCUGGUAUGAUAAGAAUACGAAGCGUUCCCGCAUCGAUUACUACGGCGGAAUGGUGAAGACAUACCAACUGGCCGGCGAGGGACAGUAUGGAACUCUGCUUAAACUGGCUCCGAUCACAACCAAGACGGAGAACAACAAGCUGACCUGCCUGCAGGUAAAUGGUACCGCCGACCAGGCCGUUGAAAUCCAGAGCAUCCUACCCGAUGCAAAACCAUUCAGUCUUGUGGGUACCGAGACCUUUUUAGGCUUUACCUGCGACAAGUUCCGUCUGGAGUCGACCAUUGGCCAGAAGAAAAACGUAUAUACGCUGUGGGUGCGAUACAAGAAGUCGCCGCAUUAUCCCUCCAGUCGUAUGCCUAUUCCUGUUCGCUAUGAGAUGAGGGGUUAUAACACACUUCUGGGGUCCCACUAUGAUCAUUACUACUUGGACUACGACAGCUAUGAGCACGAUGAUAUUCCCAACGAAGUUUUCGAGAUCGAUGACAGCCUGCAGUGCGUAGGAUUCCCUGGACCUGGAACCGGUCAUUAUGCCACCUUCAAUCCCAUGCAGGAGUUUGUGUCCGGGACCGAUGAGCAUGUGGAUAAGGCCUUCCAUCACUUUAAGCGCAAGCAUGGAGUCGCCUAUCGCAGCGAAACAGAGCAUGAGCACCGCAAGAACAUCUUUCGCCAGAACCUGCGCUACAUCCACUCCAAGAACCGUGCCAAACUCACCUAUACGCUGGCCGUGAAUCAUUUGGCCGAUAAGACUGAAGAGGAACUUAAGGCACGUCGUGGUUACAAAUCCUCUGGCAUUUACAACACUGGCAAGCCAUUCCCAUAUGAUGUACCCAAGUACAAAGAUGAGAUUCCCGACCAGUACGAUUGGCGACUAUACGGGGCUGUUACUCCAGUGAAAGAUCAAUCAGUGUGUGGAUCCUGCUGGUCUUUUGGCACCAUUGGCCACCUGGAAGGCGCCUAUUUCCUGAAAAACGGCGGCAAUCUUGUAAGGCUUUCUCAACAGGCUCUGAUUGACUGUUCCUGGGCUUAUGGAAACAAUGGUUGCGAUGGUGGCGAGGACUUCCGCGUGUACCAGUGGAUGCUGCAGUCCGGUGGAGUGCCCACAGAAGAGGAGUACGGUCCAUAUCUAGGACAGGAUGGCUACUGCCAUGUCAACAAUGCGACCUUGGUGGCACCAAUUAAGGGAUUCGUCAACGUAACCUCCAACGAUCCAAAUGCCUUUAAGCUUGCCCUGCUCAAGCACGGACCUCUUUCGGUGGCAAUUGAUGCCUCUCCUAAGACAUUUAGCUUCUACUCUCACGGUGUUUACUACGAGCCUACGUGCAAGAAUGAUGUGGAUGGACUGGAUCACGCGGUAUUGGCUGUCGGCUAUGGUUCAAUCAAUGGAGAAGACUACUGGCUGGUGAAGAACUCGUGGUCCACCUACUGGGGCAACGAUGGCUAUAUCCUAAUGUCGGCCAAUAAGAACAAUUGCGGUGUGAUGACCAUGCCUACAUAUGUGGAGAUGUAAAUGAUCCCAAACACUCACAUUUCUUAUUUUGUAUAAUCUUUUUAUAUCACGCCCCGAGGGCGCUAAAUAUGCAAUACACAUUUAUGAACUCUUUUGUAA